GCGCGUGAGCUCAAGAGGACGAAAACCACGAUAAGAGGGUCGGGGAAGAGGUGAAGAGAAAUAUCUACACCUUCUCAUAACAAUGAGUUUGCACAUGCACGGCCUUUGGUGAAGGCACUAAUUGGUUCAUUGGAAAGAACGAGACACUAUCGCGACAAUCAAUAGCACAACACCUGGCGUUGGUGACGUGGUGUGUGUGGGCUGUGCGCGCUCGCCUCCCGCCACUUCGACCUCAAGUGCGUUCCCGUUCCGGUGGAAAGAAGUGCUUAAACAGCCGCAAAAAGAACUAGUUGGUCUUGAUGAUGGCUUCUCUGAGCAGACGACAUCGGCUUGGCGCACACAAACGCUAAGGAGCCCGGCAGAAGAUGCAAGGGCGACGGAUGUACGCCAACUCAGAGUACUGAUCGGGUGAUUCAUUCAGACAUAGCAAAAAGCUGAAAAAGUGCAUGGUGACAGGCACGACGAGAUGCUGAUGGCAUGAUCGAGUUUGCACACGUGCAUAUGUGAACGUCAGUGGAAUACUUGCUUGUGGAGAACGGUACCGAUAUGGCCACACGCACGUCAUAUUCUUUGAACCUCGCAGAAGAAGUUUUGUCAACAGGUGUAGUUGUGCUGACAGGAGGGGUAGACAUGGCACAGACCCCGAUCAUAACAUUCCCGGAGACCGCGCACGAGCGCCUGAUCACAUGGAGCGCCGAGCGACUCCUUGGUGUACUACGUCAUUACCUUCAGUGGAUCACGUGCAUCCAGAAGGCCAGCAAGUUCUCUUUACUGGCCAACCUGCAGCAGGCGUCUAGAGCCACAAUAAGUGUUAUCGUAGAGGCGGCAGAAAAACUGGAGCUCCAGUCACGUGGUACAAUAACCGCCUUCUACUGUAUGAAGCCUUACGCCAAGUCGAGGUCGAGACAGCUUAAAAAGCUGCUGGGUUUGAAACCAAGCAAAAAACAUCCCAAGAUUCCUCUUUUCAAGGUAGUAUUAUUGAAAACUCACCAGGACCUGUUUAGCCAAAUCGAUGUCAGCGAGCUAACGCCGGAGUUCGGAGGCACACUAAUCUACGAUCAUGCAGCAUGGGUGCGAUUUCAUCAGACGGUCACUCCCUGUAUCCGAGAAGCAGAGAACGCGAUUCGACGACUUCCUGCCAUCAGAGACCGGGUGGAGCUCCUUCAAGAAUAUGAAGUGAGUGGGCAGAGCGCUGCCGACAUCCAGACUCUGAUGGGGGAACUCUCCGACAAGUAUCAUUUGACCGUGAGUGAGGCCCAUUUCCAAGAAACUCUGGACGGGUGCAAGCAGACUUUGCUGCUGCUGGACCACGACGCCAACACGCACGCCGAUUGGCUAAGUCAGGUGCACGCAGAUCACGUGACGCAGGCAACGUCCUCCGUAAGGCAGCUGUUCCAGCAACUGGACUCCCAGCGCUGGCAACUGGAGGAGACAUGGCGGGGAUCGAAGACAGCCUUACUGUCCUUCUCCAGAUACAGAAACACAGAGAAAGAUCCGUGGAGGUUAACACACAUUGAAAAAAAGAUUAAGACGCACUUUGAACCCCUCUUGAAGGAGCAUCCAUGUGUGGCAAACACUUUGAGCCAGGCGGAGUUGUACCGGACACACUUCACUACCUCCUUGUAUGAGCCAGCAAAGGAACUUCUUGGCCAGGCCACUGAGAUCCUGGAGGAUAUGCAGAGAUUGAAGGCGCGCUCCCCCGACCCGCUUGUGACGUCAGUGACAUUCACUCAGCGGCUGACGGUUACUCUGCAACCUUUCACACAGCACCUGCAAGGCUUUCAGGACGUCUACGUUGCAGUUCACAUCUUCCACCUUUUGCUGGAGAAGGCGCUAAAAUGGUACAGGAAGGUCCUGAAGUUUCUUCCAGAUGCCCUGCUGGAACGACUGAGAGAAGUGGGCGGCAACCAGAUCUUGCAGAUGCCGCUGGAAUGGCAGGGGGCUGUCGAGAGCUUUUUACACAGACACCCUCCCCCACAGGAACAGCACAUUGCUAAGCUUGACACCGAGGUCCCUCCACAGGUGGACAGGCGUCUCCGACUGCAGGCUCGCUCACUGGCACUUAGACUCCGAUUGCUACAGCGGCUCUUGUUCGGUCGACGGUGGCCGAUAAAACUGUUGGAAGCAGCAUUUUCGUGGAAGUCAGAAUUGCAUGGCAAUACCAUGGGCAGCAUCUCUUCCACAAAGGAGACAAAACCAACACGCGAACACAGGGCUCAAGAGGCUGUGACAUCACAACUUGCUUCCGACCGUGGCCCUUCGAUUUUCCUCCACCUGAAGAGAUCUGGAAGUUUUUCCAGCACGGACACCGGAGACAUGGAUUUCUUUGCAGGACAAAGAAGCCCACCAGUGACUUUCCACCUGUACGGUUCCUCCGCUGAUGAAGAAAAGAACGCGAAGGAGGUUAACCCUAACAAGGCGGUGAAGAAGAGUACUUGCGAGCCCUUACAACAGCCUCAAGUAAAUUUGAAAACCAUUCCUCCUACUUCCAGAAUCAGCAACAGUAACGGAGAACAUUUAGCUCGGGAUGCACAAGAGCAGGUCAACAAGAAGAGGGUCAGAGGUCAAGCAAAAGUUUUGGAAGGUGUCCGAGAGCAGGAGAGGUUUGUCCGGCUCACUUUCUCACCAUCGGGGACGACAGAGAAGAGAGGACGUGCACUGAACUACAAGAACAAAAUUGACAGCAGCAACGAAGACUUCCUGUUGCACGACUUGGAAGGAAACCCCACGGGCUCGGAGUCCGGCAUCGAGGUGCUGGAUGUUGAAGACCCUUGCGACACAAUCGUGGAGAAAAUUAAGGCCGUGUCCAGCAGCAGUUUGCCUGGGGAGGUCAAGCUGCAGUGUGUAUCCCACCUCCUGGCCACCUCCUCCUUCCGACAGCCAGAGAAGCGCGCAGUGACGCUUCGUGACUUCCGCCGAGCUCGAAACGCCGAUACCAGCUUCCGGUCGCAGGUUGUGGGCCGGCCGAGACAGAAGGAUGGUCGUCUUCUCAGUUACAGGGCUGGCCGAGACGACGAGCGUUCACUAUGGGUGGGAAGAGGCCACGGGGACCCAUCUCCUCUCAGCGAUGAUGCUGCAGGAGGACAGAAGUACAGGCAGAAGAGUGAAGCCACCAUUAAGACUAGGAGACUGGCUGAACCAGAGAAACUCCCGCUUGGUGAGAGACCAGCCAGUGCGGUGGCCAAGCUACGCCAACGGCUGGCUCGGUCACUUAUGGACUUGGACAUAGCUGAUGAGGACAGCAUCCACACUGGCCAUAACACCUCCGACGAAGGGGUUUUCAUGACGUCCGGAAUGAAGGCCAAAAGGUUUUCCUAUGACCCUGCUCUGGCACCUAGCUACCAGUUCCGGCAGAUACCUUCUCCUGAGCUUCGACGGAAAUCCCAAGAUGACAUCUUGGAUUUGGCGCGUUCAGGUCAAGGUCACAGUGCAAAAAUGACUUUUCAGAGGCCUUUGGGGGAUGGUUCGACAUUACUUCCAUGGCUAGAAGAUGACAUAAGGCCAUCGAGAAGGAAAUACUUCGGAUCACACGGCGACCUUUUGGACGUUGCCAAAUCGUCUCUUCCUAAGCCCUCGCCAGUGAGAUUGGGAACCCAGAAGAGCCCCUCACGAUGGCGUCAGAACAUUGUUGUUGACGCCCCAGAUCUUCCCAGCAAAGGCCACCAGCAGGCAAGGGACUUCAUUGCCCCGUCCUUCUUGCAGCCAAGUACCUCGCUUACGAACAUUGGGUUUAACAUUGACGCUGCUGUCAGCUUUGCCCAGUCAAGCCACAGCAGCAGCGAUGACAUCCACCCAGCAGCCUCCAAGCUCAGAGAUCAAGACCCUGAGCAUGCGAAGACUCGAAGACUGGAAACUUUCAGUGAACAAUCCUACAAUGCCUCAGCAGAUUCUCUUCUCAUCAGAUUAUCUGAUGAAGCAGACAUGGAAUAUAUGAGCCAAAAUGAACUCGAGUCAAGCCUGAAGAGAUCUCAUCAGAUACUGAAGGCUACAGAAGAGAAACUUGUCAGAAGACAGCAAAGUUUUGACCAAGAAACUUACACCAACCAGAAUCCAGAAGUACCACUUGACACUAAAGACUCAGAAAGUUCAGGGACUGAAAGCAGUGAGGACAGCAGUGUCCCUCCACAGAUCCUGACAUCCCAAGAUUUUGAUCCUGAUGGUGAAGAAUCUGCCAGCCAGUGGAUGCAUCACACCUUUGACCUCAUGAGGUCAGGGGAUUUGAAAGCUGAGCUGGACUGGGAUGCAGAUGUCAGUAAUAUGUCUGACCAUUGGUCAGAAGGCAGGAAGAGAGGUCAGAGUUUUUCUGGACCAGACUUUUUCUGAAAUGAUGUAGGCUGAAUGGUGCUCAUCCACAUUGACAUAAAGAAGUGUUCAUUUGCACUGCAGUGAAUAUAAGCAAUUCAUUUUAAAAACCCUUCAUUUUUUUUAAAAUGCCUUCAUUUUUUAAAAUGCCUCCAGACGUGCUCUUUGCAUGAAGACUACUAAGUGACAGUUCUGCUGUUAACAAGAAGAAUGAAAACAAAUUAAUGCAUUGCAAAUUACUAUAAGAAACUUUUAUUUUUAUCAUCACACAAGACAUUUUCAAUAACAGCAUCUGACUCAAGGGACAAACGUUGUGCCUGCAUUUAUUUUGCUAUUUCUCUUUGUGUAUAUAAAUAUACUGUGACACUUUAACCAACACAUGAAUUUUAAUCAAGACAUUUAUGGAUAAUACUAAUGUUCCUGCGCACCUGAGCCAUUUGUACUCAGAAGAUCAGAGGCUUACUUAUGAUGACAGAAAAUGUACAAAGGAAAUACAGCAUUGCAGAGUUUUGUUUUACAUCAUAGACUUCCAAACAACAGACAAAAUGUUUACAUUUUACUUGAUUUGAUUCUGCAACAAACUGAAAACACUCUUUUUGGAGCUUUGUGUGAUGGCCAGUGCAGCAUUUUCUAUAUGACUUUAUCCUCAUGACUAGCCCAUCAUUAGCACCAAAGCAGAUCUUAAUUUGAUUUUCAAAAAAUUUGAAU